UUCACGGUCCCGCUCCGGUCCGCUCUCUGCUCCUCCUCCUGUGAUUGGCUGCUCGCCUCCUUUAGCCCUCCCAUCGCAGACUAUAGCCGCUGUGCACACGGAGCUCCGUUGAGUCUGGCCCGGGGCGGAACGGCACACACACUGCGCAUCAUGGCAGCUACGCACAGCGAGUACCGAGGCUACCUGCGGAACACCGUGGACAUCGAGGCGGCGCAGCACCGCUUCCACCCGGUGCAGAGCUCGGAGCCCACGUACCGGCCGCUGCUAUUCGGGACCCUCGCAGUUAUGGGAUUGCUUCAGGUGGCUUCCAGCGUGGCGAUCUUAUUACACCUGACAGGCUAUUUGCAAGAGGUAGAUUUGUCCACGGCUCCACACCGGCCCAUAGAGGAGGUGCAGACGGAGCCGAUGCUCGACGCCCUGAAAGACACCAGGAAAAACAGACGGUGCAAAGCUCCGAGAGAAAACCUGCCGGCAGCCCAUCUAGUGAUCAGCCGGCAAAACGAGGAGUCCAAGAGAGUCGACCCAUACCCGAAGGCCGUCACCAUUGACUGGGACGAGGAGCAGUCAUACCGCUACAGGAUGGAUUACCAGAAGGGCAAACUGCUGGUGAUGGAGGCCGGUUUCUACUACAUUUACACAAACAUCUGCUUCCGCUUCUACAACCUUUCGCAGUCGGAGGACAGCAGGCAGGUCCGGCUCAUCGCGGAGCUCGUUCGCAACGCCCAGCUCAUCCAGUACGUCUACCGCGACAGCAUCAAACAGACCAGCAGGGCCCAGAUGCUGAUGAAGACGGGCAGCACCAUGCGCUGGCACAACACAACCUACAGCAUGUACUGCUCCCAGCAGGGCCGAGGGGUCCGGCUGGACAAGGGGGACGCCUUGUUCGUCAACGUGUCCAACUCCUGGAUGCUGGACCGGGAGGGCGAAGGGACGUAUUUUGGCGCCAUAAAAUUGGGCAACUGAACCCCAAACACGUGUGGAGCGGACAUGCUACUGAACAUUUGAUAUGCCAAAGAACCACUGUUAGUGAUUUAUAAUAUUGAUUUUUGUCAAAAAAUGUUUUUAUAUAUAUAUAUAUAUAUAUAUAUAUAUAUAUAUAAUUGUACAUUUGUGUUUAGAUUCAUUUUGUUGCUCUUGAUCAUUCAGCGUUUUAUGAGAAUGGAAAAAAAGGUUUUCAAAAACUUGUCUUUCCACUUUCCCCCCUUUCUCCCUGCAAAUAGACACAUACAAAAUAGCACUGGAGUUUUAUUGGACUUUUUGGGUUUUUUUAAGUAUUGUGGUUUCUGUUGGGAAAUUUCAAUACAUUUCAGUUCAGAUUACAACAUUUAGACUUAAGAAUUGACAUGUGUUUAUGCACUAAUUAAACAAGCCGCGAGGGAGCGACUAAGGAAGUGAGUUUGUUGGCAGGAAGUGCAGCGAGAAAGGAUUUAUCAGUGCAGAUUGUUGGGAAGAAUGUCCAAAAAGAGCAUUGUAGAGCGACGGAGCAUCUGCUUGUACUUAGCAGAUUAUCACAGGAUAAAAAUAACAAGCCUCCCAGGCCUGCGUCUGACCCGCAGCAGCGAAUGCAUAAAUGUUUUCCUGAAAGUUUCUGGAAGUGUGAACAUGGCAGGCAGCGUAGCGUCUUCAUGGCUUCGGCGGCAUCGUUCGAUUUCUUUCAAAACCUCUGAAACUUAAAGAUCCCCUUUGGCUCUGACGUUGUUGCGUGUUUGCUCCAAAAACUCAUUUGUUAUCCAGUUUUCUGUCUUAAGCUGCCUGCUUCACUGAAGGCAUUUACACGACAACGUCAUUUAUACUAAGGACGAAAUGACAUCAGUUAGUUUUUGUUUAUGACGAUCAACUCGCGAUGCAGAUAGCUGGACUGUCUGAACGACAUGACUUGUCUUUUUUUUUUUUUUAAAAACUAGAGGAACCAAGUUGAGUUUGGUUCAUCUUUUAACUUAAUUUUUUUGUUUUUCAUUUGGCUCUUCAGUGAGGUAAAUGGGAAUAUGCACUAAAUAUUUAUUUAUUAGCUGUAGAAGUACAGAGGCGGGUCAUUGUUACAGUGACCUUUCGGCUGUAAAAAAAAAUCAUUUAUAUUUUAUGUCUGUAUGACAUUCAUUAUGCAGCACUUAGAGGAAAUAGUAGACACGCU